AUGAGGUGGUACGUAUUUUUACACUUCAUAGUACAUAUUUCCAUUUUGGAUGCUGCAAGAUCAAAUUUAGAUUUCAGUAGAGCAUUUAUAUGGCUGGACAGUUUUCUACCUGCAAAUUUGACUGACAUUUCCGAAGCACUAGGAGAGACCACCACUACCCCCCCACCUCCGGAAGGGCGCGAUGAAUUGGGUCUUGGUGAAAGCACGCGAUGCAGAACCGAAAAUGUAACGGAUGGCCAAUGUGUGCCUUUUACGUCUUGUACUGACGCCAUGGACACGACAAGACGAAGAAUAUAUAUCCUCAAUGAUGGAGAUAUCGAUUGCCCCCACAAUUUGCUGGUCUGCUGUCCUGAUGAGAACGUACUCCACGAAGAGACUACCAACACUGAUGAUGAUGAAGAAGUUGAGAGACCACCACUACCCCCCCCACCUCCGGAAGGGCGCGAUGAAUUGGGUCUUGGUGAAAGCACGCGAUGCAGAACCGAAAAUGUAACGGAUGGCCAAUGUGUGCCUUUUACGUCUUGUACUGACGCCAUGGACACGACAAGACGAAGAAUAUAUAUCCUCAAUGAUGGAGAUAUCGAUUGCCCCCACAAUUUGCUGGUCUGCUGUCCUGAUGAGAACGUACUCCACGAAGAGACUACCAACACUGAUGAUGAUGAAGAAGUUGUGCGUUAG